AUGCAUUUAAGCACAUUGUGCGAACCUAAUUUCUCUCUCCUCCUCUUAUGUCCUCUUUUCAUUCUUUCAGCCACUUUUUUUUAUCCUAUAAGACAUAUUAACCAUUUUUUAUCUCUCUCUCCUUCUCUCUCUCCUUUUUACUUUUCAUUCUUUCCGACACUUCUCUAUCUCUCUCAUUUCAGCCACUUUUUUAUCUCUCUCUCUCUCUCUCUUUCAGUUCUUCUUUGCAUUAUGUCACCAUCUUUUAACUCAUUUCAUUCUUUCCGACACUUAUUUAUCUCUCUCUUUCAUUUGCUCCUCUUCUUUAUCUCUCUACCCCUCUCUCUAUCUCUCUUGUCAUUUCUCUCUUGGACUCUCUUCAUUGUUACAUACACUUUCAAUUUCUCCCUCUCUCUGUUUCUUAAGUUCACUCUCUUUCUUUUCAUUCAUGCUUCCUCACACCUCUCUGUUCUGUCUCUCUCCAUUUCAUUUCACACUCGGAUUCUAUUUAGCUUCGUCCUCUCUUUCCUUUCUUUAUCUUCUCCUACUCUUUCUAAUUUCUUCCUUUCGAUUUAUUUCCAUCUUUCUGUAUCUCUUUCUCUCUCCCUCUCUCUUCUUUUCUCUCUUCUCUCUCUCUACUCUGAGGGAUUCUCUCUCUCUGUUCUUUACCCAUUCUUUUUCCUUCUACUCCCUGCAGAUUUAUCUCCUCAUAUUUCUCUCUCUCAUCUCUCCCCCUCUCUCUCUCUCUCUCUCUCUCACUCUGAGGGAUAUUUCUCUUAUUCAUCUCCUCGCCAUCUUUCUUUAUCUAUCUAUCUAUCUAUCUAUCUAUCUAUCUAUCUAUCUAUCUAUCUAUCUAUCUAUCUGAUUUUCUCGCUUUCUUCAAGCGAUCUCUUCUGUUUUUUCCUUCUUUCUUUCUUUCUUUCUUUCUUUCUUUCUUUCUUUCUUUCUGCAUUACUUGUUUUUAUCGUUAUUUCCUGUUGUCAGUCAUUUGAUUAUUUCUUCUUAGGCUAUCUUUUAUAA